AUGAAAUCAAAUAGGGCGAACGAGAAAGGUAGCGCCAAUCUUCUGAUGAGUUCACUCUUGUUGCUGCUGCACACCGUCUUCACCUGGGUGGAGCAUUUAUUCCGCUUACUGCGACGGUGCCGGAAAGCCAUCUAUCACAUCAGUCCCCUAGGAACAGUUGUAGAAUCUUACCGAAUAAAACAAUCCCAACAUUACGUGAAAUCACAGCUCCAGACGGUAUCAAAAAUUCCCACUCAUCUUGUGGUGCUGCUCGGGCUUGAGCAUCCCGAUUAUCAGCGACUAUCUCAGUUUAUUCACUGGUCGUAUGCAGCCGGUAUCGCGUACGUUAGUUUCUAUGAUCAUAAUGGAACUAUUAAACGUAACCAUGAGCAAAUCAAACGCUGUGUGGGUAAAGCACCGUUAGCAGACAAACAUCAUAUCCGAUGGUUGGAUCAAGAUUACAAUUCGGUUGAUAUGGACAGAGUGCCUGCCAAUCGGAAAUGUACGUAUGUUAGCUUCCUUUCGCCGGAGAAUGGUAAACAGGCACUGGUGAAACUGAGCCGCGCGAUUGGCGAAUCAGUUCGGUGUCGUGAUCUGUUUCCGUCCGAUUUAAGCAUCGAAUUUUUGGACAGUCGAUUGCAAUCUUCGCCUAAUUACGUGCCCGAUCCGGACUUAGCCGUUUACUUCGGUGAAGUUUGUUCUGCGUAUGGCCUAUUGCCGUGGCAGAUAAGAUUGACGGAGUUUUUGCAACUCGAGUGGCGCCUGAAGGACAGCAACGAACAUCAUUUUGUCGAUUGUUUGCUUCGGUUUGCGAAGUGUGAACAGCGUAUGGGAUCGUAA